AUUGCAAACGAGAGCACGCAGUGAUUUUCAGGCGUGCAUUAAAAGAGUCUCAAAAAACAUUAAUAGAGUUUAUAAAAAUAAAUAAAUAGCUACCAUGCAGGGAAACACGUUGCAAAUUUUACUAGUUGUGAUGAUCCUGCCACUAAUUAGUUUGGCCGCAGAUCCUGAAGCUGACCUGCACAAAUAUCGUGCUUCGCCCAAACUCACGGGUCCUGUGAAGCUCCUACACGAUCCCGAGGAUGCCAUAUUGAACACCUUGGAUGGGGCUCUUAAGAAGAUAUCAACGAUCUAUAUGCAGGCUUUGUUCGCUGGCACCCACACCCCCGAACUGGAAGCUCCACUGCGGGCCCUCGAAAUGGAGCUAUUCGAUCUGUUGGACCAGCUCUAUAACCAGAAUCGUCUCAAGGACUAUAUGAAGUACGAGGCGGAAGUGACGCGACAAAUGAUUAUCUACAACAUGCUCAAGCGAUUGUUUGGCUACACUCAGGAUGUUGUGGAAGUUGAGGCAGGAGCCCUCUGAGCUGUAAAUUAUAAAUUUGUUGAUGUCGUUAUAGGCAUAAGGUUAUUCAGAUAAAAAUAAAAAUAAAAGCAAUUAUGUUACUUUAAAACAUAA